UUGUGUUUCUUUCCCUUAUUUUGUUCUUUCUCUCUUUCUUUUCCCCUCUCUCUAUCUGUCUCUUUCUCUCCUCCCUUUCUCUCUCUUUCUCUGACUCAUUCACGUUGCACUCGUUUGUACUGUAUCAGCCGUGGUCAUAGUCAUAGUCUUAAUCCAUCCUUUCGUUUAUAUUCAUUUCUAUCUUUCUCGCUUUCCGUUCUUUCUUCUCUGUCUUAUCAGGUCAUCUCCUUCUUUCUCAGUCUUUCUUUCUUUCUCACUCUGUUCUUCGAUGCAAAGCAGAAGAAACCCCCGCGGUUGCUCGUUCGUUCUCAAAAGUCUUACUCUCGUUGUCACGCGCUAAAAAUACUCCCGCACAGUCUUCCGAGGGUGUACCAUGCCAAAGGAGUACAAAAAUUAGGACGACAAAAGCAGUCAACGUCGACCUGGAACUGUCAUGGAACUGCUUUCGAGAGUGGCAUGUUAUUUUCGAUGGAUGAGGAACGCAACACCUCAUGAUGCAAGUGAAGCGGAGGACGAACAUAAAACUAUCGAGGAUGAACGGUAUCGGAAUGUCGGGUGCAAUUUCGAAGCCUCUAGGCGACUUUGUAGCAUUUUGGAGAGUAUCCUUCUGUGGGAGAAUUCUGUGAACAGUAUCUCCGUCCUCAUCAUAUUCAAUAUACUGUUUUGGGGUAUUAUUGUAUUAGAAAUUCGAGGGUUUGCUGCAGCUAGCAGUGCCGCACUAGUCACUGUGCUCUGUUAUAGUACCCUGGAAGCUCAAAUUCAGAAGGAGAAUAAAGCAUUGGACACAGCUGCCUCCUAUGCAAAAGCAGAACAGAUUGAAAAAAUAGGAAAAAUAAUAAAAUCUGCAAUUCAUUGGUUGAAACAGUUAAGGAAAGAGCAACCAGGGGUGUUUUGUACUGCAGUAUGCUCUCUUUCUUUGGGCCUAUGGAUUAUUGGUCGUACUAUAAAUGGUAUACUUCUUACAUAUACAAUAUGUAUGAGCAUUUUACUUGGACCUCCAUUACUGUUGAAGUUACCUAGCAAAAUGGUAGUACAAAAAGAGUGGGAUAGUGAAAUUGAAGAAUUUUUACCAGCAGUAACUGAAGACAAUCUUCAAGUUCUUACAAGAGCUGGAGAAUCAGGGGAUCAAUCUCCAACACCGACAAGUGUAUUGUCUGAUGCUCAAAAUGAGUUUCUUAUUGAUGAAGAUCUUCUGGGUCUUAAGAUACCAUCACAUGAAGAUGGAAGUACUGAUGGUGUAGAAGUUUCUGAAUUAGACCUUAGUGCUGAAGAAACUGAUGUGGAUGGUAUUAAAUUUCAAAGUGGCCAUUUUGAGAAAGGAUCAUCUUCUGAAGAAGAAGCAGAACUUGAACCAAUAUCAAGUAAACUAGUUAUUCAUAGUGAUGAAAGUGGUAGCGAAUUUGAAAUAAUUGAUGGUCAAGAUAUUGAUAAUUUAGACGUUGCAUGAAAAUAACUGAUACAUGAACUGUGAAGUUAUUAUGCAGAAUAGGAUUAAGUUGAGAGGUGACUUUGGAUAACGAUUAAGUAAAAUAAUUAUUUUAUUAUAAUUUUAGCCAUUUGCUUAUUUACAAAUAUUUGUGCAAAUCUAACAUAACACAGUUUUGGAUAAGCUAAAAGGAUAUUAUUUUUGUUACUACAGAAAUGAUACAAAUUACUUCUUUAAAUUUAUAAAAACUAAAAAAUUUAUCAGUAAAAUUUAGAUAUUCUUCUUAUGUCGUGCAAAUGAUAACUUCUCAGUAGUUACAUUGAUGUAUACUUAUACUAAAGCAUAUUCAUGAAAUUGUACAUAUUAUGUGCAACAGAGAGAAUUAUCUUAAUUUUUAUUUUUGAAGAUAUGCGAUUUUUGAUGUAUAUAUAUAAGAGAUCAAUUAUCAAAAAACUUUGAGGGAAAGAGAUAGAGAUGAGCAAAUAACGAUUGUCAAUUUCAAUGUCGCUUUGACCUUCAUGGCCAAAAAUGGUUUUGUAUAUAUGUAUCACACACAGAAAAUAGUUACCUGCGAAUUAUAAUUAAGAAAUUAUAAACUACAAUGUCCAUUGUGCAGCAGGUAGAAAAUAGAUAAAUAUUAUCAUAGUAAAUAUUUACUCCGUUUUUGAUAUUACAAAAAUGACAUGUAAAAAUGAUUUUAUCUAUCAGGAAUCAAUUUUUUCUACUGCAUAAAUAUUGAAAUAUUGUUUUGUGUUUCAAAUCAAUUACAUAAUUUAAUUUUCGCAAAACAGCUUUAAGUAUUAAAUAGAAUGUAAAUAAUAUGUAUGCAUCAAUAAUAUAUUUUAUUCAUUA